AUGGCGGUGGAAGAUUCAACGGCACCAAAAUUUAAGGAACAAGACCUCCAGUUGUGGCAGUUGAUGAUUGCAGGUUCAGUUGCUGGUUCCUUUAAGAACAUGACGAUGUUUCCUGUUCGCACCUUGGAUCAACGUAUGCUGCAUCGUUCGUAUUCGCAAAGACAUGUCGGAAUCCGGCAGGCUCUGCGUUCGGUAAUCCAAACGGAAGGACCAUCGGCUCUGUACCGUGGGAUAUGGUAUAUGAGGCAUGGAGCCAUGGGACCCGCUCAAUUCGUACAUUUCUCCUUCUACGAUGUAUCCAAGAAUUUCUUGUCUACCGGGAAUCCAAACAACCCCGUGGUGCACGUGAUUUCCUGGGCCUUCACGGCUGUAUGGAGUUAUGCCGUUUCAACUCCUGUUGAUAUGGCGAAGCUGAGGCACCAAAAUGGGUUCGGUAACUACAAAGGCGUCUGGGAUUGCGCCAAAAGGGUGACUCAUGAGGAAGGAAUCAGUAAGUUUUGA